UUUGGUCCUGACUACCCGUUACACCCAAGACAAGGGAUUCUUGAGAUCAACAGCGCUGCGUUUCUUGAAGUCGUCCUAAUCCCUGGUUGUCAACGUCCCACGCAAUUCCCAUUGGCGCCUGUCGUUAAAACUACUUGAUACCAAAACAUUAGCAGAACCAUUUUUGUGGAAAAAUAAACCUUAUCGGUUGUUUUUAUACACAACUCAAUAGUCUUUGUAGGAAACCUGAUUGCUGAGAUUUCGAGCAUACAUUAAUAUAGUGUCUUCAAGACUGGCGAAGAAGCGCGACUACUAACAACAAUAAUUUUGAACUGGAAUCUAGUUUAGAGAAAAGAGAUAACUUUAGUGUUCGAAUACAUUUGUUUGCAGAUAAAAGCGGGUCUUUUUAUUUAUUUUGGUUGUACGACGUGAGCGAUUGAUUUUUGACAUUUUCACGCGUUGCUUCUAACCUUUCUUGAUAUAUUUUAAGAUGGAUCUGCAAUCCCCUUUCAUAUAUCUUGCCGUAUGCGCAUUUCUCGUGAUGGUAGUGGCAAAUGUGAGACGAAUUCACAUGGAAACAUAUGGGAAAUGGUCAAUUGUUGUGCUUGCCGCAAUGGUAUCGGUAUCGAUCAUUUUUUUAUGGAUUCCGUUGCACAUUGCGCUUAUUGUCUUGUGGAUGUACCGAGAAAUCAUACGAGCGUACCUGAAACUCAAACAUGGAUCGGAAUUUUUCGGAAUAAUUGGAGGUUCUGAUGUUCUAUAUUUAACUGGGGACCACGAAAAAAAUGCUAUGUCCAUAUUGAUGAUCGUCGAAAGCAACGCCGAGGACAUCUACGAAAUAUACAAAAGUGUGGUGGACAGAUCUUUCUUUGCAAACCCAAGUAAGUUCCCAGAGUUGCACUGUGUGGUUAGACAGUUUGGCGGUUACUUCUACAAAGUGAAAGCAAGUCCGACAGUGGAGGAAUGCGUGAAGAAAAUGGAAGAGGUAAGCUGCGAGGGUGACAAAAUCAGCAAAGACGAAUUUAAGCAGUUGAUGAAUAAGUGCUGUAACGAAAAACUACCCAAAGGUAACACCCUCUUUUGGGAUUCGUACAUUGGUGUACAACCGCUCGAUUGGAAUAGUGAACCAAACAGUAGUGCACGCCAUUACCCGGUCGUUUUCCGCUUGCACCAUGCUAUCGGUGACGGAUUUGUAGCAACUCAGCUUUUAUCCAUAUUAGUCGAUAGGAUCCCAUACGAAAGUCAAGAUCCCAUGCACACCUACCUCAACAAGGUUAAAUCAGACCCACCGCUCGCAAUCAUUUUCCACAAAAUCGCCGUAACGUUGUAUGCCAUUGUUUACAGUAUUUCAGCAAUCCUGCUAUAUUUGUUAAACAAGGGUAGCAACAACCCCAUGCAGGGCUCUAAGCGAAGCAAUGUCGACGUCAUUACAAUGAAAGUUGACAAGGGAGAUUCUGUUCGGAGAAUAAAGCAGAUUAAAUCCACAGUUGGUCACACUGGAUUUGCAAACAUUUUACUUACAGCUAUUUCAGCAACUCUUCAGCAGUAUUUUGAAUUUCACGCCAAGUGUCCGGAGCGCAUUAAUGUUAUCGUCCCCUUCCUACGAAAAGCUGCGUCGCUAUCCAAAAUUCCACUGGGCCAACUUGACGCCAGUGAUAUAUCUUUUCAUAACAACUUUAUCCUGCUUAUACUCGGUUUGCCUUUGAUUGUCGGAGAUAAUCACGACGUUAGCUUGACCAAACGCUUGGAGGCCGUUAAUAAAGCAAUCGCGAACUCUUCCAAGUCCGCAACCAAUACGAUAAUGUACUUUUGGUCACACAUUGGAAUACAAGUUCUACCAAUUCCGAUCUUUGGCCAAGUAAACGACGCCCCGCAGUCCAAUGCAAUCGUAAGCGUGCUUCCAGGACCGGGCCAGGCGUCGCUGGCUGACGGGAGAAUGCCAAUUCGAAAUGUAAUGUCGUGGAUACCGCUCGCUGGAGGAGUAGGUAUGAGUAUGUGCGUUAUCACUUAUAACGAGGGGCUCAACGUUACUCUGAGGGUAGAUAAGGAGAUCAUUUCGGACGAAAAGGUUGCCCAAAGUAUUUUAAAUGGAAUUUUUGAGAAGCUCGAUUUGUUUGAGAAGGAACUGAAAAUAAAAUCGGAUUAGGGAACAUUCAAUUCUUGUGUGCAGUAAUAUGUUUGUUAUUUUUUUUGUUAGUGUUUGUUGAAUAUACCGAACACUUUUGUUUUAUUCUGUA